CCUCGCGGCCUCGCUGCAGCCGCCGCCCCCUCGGCCCGCGCCCCGGCCUCGCCGCGCGCUCGCCGCAGUCCUCCGGCAGAGGUCCGGGGGGAUAGGGCGGACUGAGCAGCUUGCCUGACUCGAGUCCGGGCAGCAGUCCCUUUUGCGUGAGGCGCGUUGCCGGUCGCCAGAGGCUUGCCGGUGCGUGGCGCCGUUCGAUCCGCUCCAGAGUGCGGUGAGGUGGAGCGGGCCGGUACCGUCCUGCUUUUGUGUUUCUAACAUUCCCACUCCCCCCGCCCCUGUUGCCGCGAAGGCAGCUCAGGCCCUGCGGCUCUUGCAGUGCUGCUCGUGGAUUAACCAGACUGAGUGGUGCGAGGGUAAACUGGGUACGUUUAAUUCAGAUGCUUCUGGAACGUCGAAAUUCUCUUCUUUGGAAAGAACCAUCCCCUCUUUGGGCUUCAGGGGCCCAGAUUGAGGCGCAAUGAUGAGAGAAUGUGGUGGUCCACUUUGAUGUCAAUCUUGAGGGCUAGUUCUUUUUGGAGGUGGAUAUCUGCUCAGACAGUAAGAAUUAUAAGAGCUCUGAGAGCUCAUUUUGAAGGAAAAAUGGAUGAACCAUCCCCUUUGGCCAAACCUCUGGAGCUGAACCAGCACUCCCGAUUCAUAAUUGGUUCUGUGUCUGAAGAUAACUCAGAGGAUGAAAUUAGCAACCUGGUGAAGCUGGAUCUACUGGAGGAGAAGGAGGGCUCUCUGUCACCGGCGUCUGUUGGCUCAGAUACACUCUCUGAUUUGGGGAUCUCCAGCCUACAGGAUGGCUUGGCCUUACACAUGAGGUCCAGCAUGUCUGGCUUGCAUCUAGUAAAGCAAGGUCGAGACCGAAAGAAAAUAGACUCUCAGCGAGAUUUCACUGUAGCUUCUCCAGCAGAAUUUGUUACUCGUUUUGGGGGGAAUAAAGUGAUUGAGAAGGUUCUUAUCGCCAACAAUGGGAUUGCAGCAGUGAAAUGCAUGCGGUCUAUCCGUCGAUGGUCUUAUGAGAUGUUUCGAAAUGAACGUGCAAUCCGAUUUGUUGUUAUGGUAACACCUGAAGACCUGAAAGCCAAUGCAGAAUACAUUAAGAUGGCAGAUCACUAUGUGCCAGUGCCAGGAGGACCAAACAACAACAACUAUGCAAACGUGGAAUUAAUUCUUGAUAUUGCUAAAAGGAUUCCAGUACAAGCAGUGUGGGCUGGCUGGGGUCAUGCUUCUGAGAAUCCCAAGCUCCCAGAACUUCUUUUGAAAAAUGGCAUCGCCUUCAUGGGUCCUCCAAGCCAGGCCAUGUGGGCUUUGGGGGAUAAGAUUGCAUCUUCCAUAGUGGCUCAAACUGCAGGUAUCCCAACUCUUCCCUGGAGUGGCAGUGGUCUUCGUGUGGACUGGCAUGAAAAUGAUUUUUCAAAACGUAUCUUAAAUGUUCCCCAGGAAUUAUAUGAAAAAGGUUAUGUGAAGGAUGUGGAUGAUGGGCUGAAGGCAGCAGAGGAAGUUGGAUAUCCAGUAAUGAUCAAGGCCUCAGAAGGAGGUGGAGGGAAAGGAAUCAGAAAAGUCAACAAUGCAGAUGACUUCCCUAAUCUCUUCAGACAGGUUCAAGCUGAAGUCCCUGGAUCUCCUAUAUUUGUGAUGAGACUAGCCAAACAAUCUCGUCAUCUGGAGGUACAGAUCUUAGCAGAUCAAUAUGGCAAUGCUAUCUCUCUCUUUGGUCGUGACUGCUCUGUACAGCGCAGGCAUCAGAAGAUUAUUGAGGAAGCACCUGCUGCGAUCGCUACUCCAGCAGUAUUUGAACAUAUGGAACAGUGUGCGGUGAAACUUGCCAAAAUGGUUGGUUAUGUGAGUGCUGGGACUGUGGAAUACCUCUACAGCCAGGAUGGCAGCUUCUACUUUCUGGAACUGAACCCUCGGCUGCAGGUGGAGCACCCCUGUACAGAGAUGGUGGCUGAUGUCAACCUCCCCGCAGCACAACUCCAGAUUGCCAUGGGGAUCCCUCUGUACAGAAUCAAGGAUAUUCGUAUGAUGUAUGGGGUAUCUCCCUGGGGCGAUGCUCCCAUUGAUUUUGAAAAUUCUGCUCAUGUUCCUUGCCCAAGGGGCCAUGUUAUUGCUGCUCGGAUCACCAGUGAAAAUCCGGAUGAGGGUUUUAAGCCCAGCUCAGGAACAGUUCAGGAACUGAAUUUCCGAAGCAAUAAGAACGUUUGGGGUUAUUUCAGUGUUGCUGCUGCAGGGGGCCUUCAUGAAUUUGCUGAUUCUCAGUUUGGUCACUGCUUCUCCUGGGGAGAAAACAGAGAGGAAGCAAUUUCAAACAUGGUGGUGGCUUUGAAGGAGCUAUCUAUUCGGGGUGACUUUCGAACUACAGUUGAAUACCUCAUCAAAUUGUUGGAGACUGAAAGCUUUCAGUUGAAUAGAAUUGACACUGGCUGGCUGGACAGACUGAUAGCAGAGAAAGUACAGGCAGAGCGACCUGACACCAUGUUGGGAGUUGUAUGUGGGGCUCUCCACGUGGCAGAUGUGAGCCUACGGAAUAGCAUCUCUAACUUCCUUCACUCCUUAGAAAGGGGUCAAGUCCUUCCUGCACAUACACUUCUGAAUACAGUAGAUGUUGAGCUUAUCUAUGGGGGAGUCAAAUAUGUACUUAAGGUGACCCGGCAGUCCCCCAACUCCUAUGUGGUGAUCAUGAAUGGUUCAUGCGUUGAAGUAGACGUGCAUCGGCUGAGUGAUGGAGGGCUGCUCCUGUCUUAUGAUGGCAGCAGUUAUACUACAUACAUGAAGGAGGAAGUGGAUAGGUAUCGCAUCACAAUCGGCAAUAAGACCUGUGUGUUUGAGAAGGAAAAUGACCCUUCGGUGUUGCGCUCACCUUCUGCUGGGAAGUUAAUCCAGUACAUUGUGGAGGAUGGAGGCCAUGUGUUUGCUGGCCAGUGCUAUGCCGAGAUUGAGGUGAUGAAGAUGGUAAUGACCUUAACAGCUGCAGAGUCUGGCUGUAUCCAUUAUGUCAAACGGCCUGGAACAGCUCUUGACCCUGGCUGUGUGAUAGCCAAAAUGCAGUUGGACAACCCUAGCAAGGUCCAACAGGCUGAGCUUCACACGGGUAGUCUGCCACGGAUCCAGAGCACAGCACUCAGAGGCGAGAAGCUCCACCGAGUGUUCCACUAUGUUCUGGAUAAUCUGGUCAACGUAAUGAAUGGAUACUGCCUUCCAGAUCCUUUUUUUAGCAGCAGGGUGAAAGACUGGGUUGAGCGGUUGAUGAAGACCCUCAGAGAUCCCUCCUUGCCUCUGCUAGAAUUGCAGGAUAUCAUGACCAGUGUCUCUGGCCGUAUUCCCCCCAAUGUGGAGAAGUCUAUCAAGAAGGAAAUGGCUCAGUACGCUAGCAACAUCACAUCAGUCCUCUGUCAGUUUCCCAGCCAGCAGAUUGCCAACAUCCUAGAUAGCCAUGCAGCUACAUUGAACCGGAAAUCUGAGCGGGAAGUCUUCUUCAUGAACACUCAGAGCAUUGUCCAGCUGGUACAGAGGUACCGAAGUGGCAUCCGAGGCCACAUGAAGGCUGUGGUGAUGGAUCUGCUGCGGCAGUACCUGCGAGUAGAGACCCAGUUCCAGAAUGGUCACUAUGACAAAUGUGUGUUCGCCCUUCGAGAAGAGAACAAGAGUGACAUGAACACUGUACUGAACUAUAUCUUCUCUCACGCUCAAGUCACCAAGAAGAAUCUUCUGGUCACAAUGCUUAUUGACCAGUUGUGCGGUCGGGACCCUACUCUCACCGACGAGCUGCUGAAUAUCCUCACAGAGCUAACUCAGCUCAGUAAGACCACCAAUGCCAAAGUGGCGCUCCGAGCACGCCAGGUUCUUAUUGCAUCCCAUUUGCCAUCAUAUGAGCUUCGCCAUAACCAAGUAGAGUCCAUCUUCCUUUCAGCAAUUGACAUGUACGGACAUCAGUUUUGCAUUGAGAACCUGCAGAAACUCAUCUUGUCUGAAACGUCUAUUUUUGACGUCCUACCAAACUUCUUCUAUCACAGCAACCAGGUAGUGAGGAUGGCAGCUCUGGAGGUUUAUGUUCGAAGGGCUUAUAUUGCCUAUGAACUUAACAGUGUACAACAUCGCCAGCUUAAGGACAACACCUGUGUGGUGGAAUUCCAGUUCAUGCUGCCCACAUCUCAUCCAAACAGAGGGAACAUCCCCACGCUAAACAGAAUGUCCUUCUCCUCCAACCUCAACCACUAUGGCAUGACUCACGUAGCUAGUGUCAGCGAUGUGCUGUUGGACAACUCAUUCACUCCACCAUGUCAGCGGAUGGGCGGAAUGGUCUCUUUUCGGACUUUUGAAGAUUUUGUCAGGAUCUUUGAUGAAGUGAUGGGCUGCUUCUGCGAUUCCCCACCCCAAAGCCCCACGUUCCCUGAGGCAGGUCACACGUCUCUAUACGAUGAAGACAAGGUCCCCAGGGAUGAACCAAUUCACAUUCUGAAUGUGGCUAUCAAGACUGACUGUGAUAUUGAGGAUGACGGACUGGCAGCUAUGUUCAGAGAGUUUACCCAACAAAACAAAGCUACCUUGGUUGAGCAUGGGAUACGGCGCCUUACUUUCCUGGUUGCACAAAAGGAUUUCAGAAAACAGGUCAACUGUGAGGUGGAUCAGAGAUUUCAUAGAGAAUUUCCUAAAUUUUUCACCUUCCGAGCGAGGGAUAAGUUUGAGGAGGAUCGUAUCUAUCGUCACUUGGAACCUGCCCUAGCUUUCCAGUUAGAGCUGAACCGGAUGAGAAAUUUUGACCUUACUGCCAUUCCAUGUGCUAAUCAUAAGAUGCACCUGUAUCUUGGGGCAGCCAAGGUGGAAGUGGGCACAGAAGUGACAGACUACAGGUUCUUCGUUCGUGCAAUCAUCAGACAUUCUGAUCUGGUCACCAAGGAAGCUUCUUUUGAAUAUCUACAAAAUGAAGGGGAGAGGCUGCUCCUAGAAGCCAUGGAUGAGUUGGAAGUUGCUUUUAAUAAUACAAAUGUUCGCACUGACUGCAACCACAUCUUCCUCAACUUUGUGCCCACAGUCAUCAUGGACCCAUCAAAGAUUGAGGAAUCUGUGCGGAGCAUGGUAAUGCGCUAUGGAAGUCGGCUGUGGAAAUUACGCGUCCUCCAGGCAGAACUGAAAAUCAACAUUCGCCUGACACCAACUGGAAAAGCAAUUCCCAUCCGCCUCUUCCUGACAAACGAGUCUGGCUAUUACUUGGACAUCAGCUUGUACAAGGAAGUGACUGACUCCAGGACAGCACAGAUCAUGUUUCAGGCAUAUGGAGACAAACAGGGACCAUUGCAUGGAAUGUUAAUCAACACUCCAUAUGUCACCAAAGACCUGCUUCAAUCAAAGAGAUUCCAGGCACAAUCCUUGGGGACAACAUACAUAUAUGAUAUCCCAGAGAUGUUUCGACAGUCUCUGAUCAAACUCUGGGAGUCUAUGUCCACUCAAGCAUUCCUUCCAUCACCCCCUCUGCCUUCUGACAUGCUGACCUAUACGGAGCUUGUGUUGGAUGAUCAAGGUCAGCUGGUCCACAUGAACAGGCUUCCAGGAGGAAAUGAGAUUGGCAUGGUAGCUUGGAAAAUGACUCUUAAAAGUCCUGAAUACCCAGAAGGCCGAGAUAUCAUUGUUAUUGGGAAUGACAUCACAUACCGAAUUGGGUCCUUUGGGCCGCAGGAGGAUUUGCUGUUUCUUAGAGCUUCUGAGCUUGCCAGGGCAGAGGGUAUCCCACGCAUCUUUGUAGCAGCCAACAGUGGAGCAAGAAUUGGACUGGCAGAAGAAAUUCGUCAUAUGUUUCAUGUGGCCUGGGUAGAUCCUGAGGAUCCUUACAAGGGAUACAAAUAUUUAUAUCUGACCCCUCAGGAUUACAAGAGAGUCAGUGCUCUCAACUCUGUCCACUGUGAACAUGUAGAGGACGAGGGAGAAUCCAGGUACAAGAUAACUGAUAUUAUUGGGAAGGAAGAGGGACUUGGAGCAGAGAACCUUCGAGGCUCUGGAAUGAUUGCUGGAGAAUCCUCAUUGGCCUAUGAUGAGAUCAUCACCAUCAGCCUGGUUACAUGCCGGGCCAUUGGGAUUGGGGCUUACCUUGUUCGGCUGGGACAGAGAACCAUCCAGGUUGAAAAUUCUCACUUAAUUCUGACUGGAGCUGGGGCCCUCAACAAAGUCCUUGGGCGGGAGGUAUACACCUCCAAUAACCAGCUCGGGGGCAUCCAGAUCAUGCACAACAAUGGGGUGACCCACAGCAUCGUUUGCGAUGACUUCGAAGGGGUUUUCACUGUCCUGCACUGGCUGUCUUACAUGCCUAAGAGUGUGCGCAGUUCAGUUCCUCUCCUGAACUCCAAGGAUCCUAUAGAUAGAAUCAUCGAGUUUGUUCCCACGAAGGCCCCAUAUGAUCCUCGAUGGAUGCUAGCAGGCCGACCUCACCCAACCCAGAAAGGUCAGUGGUUGAGUGGAUUUUUUGACUAUGGAUCUUUCUCAGAGAUCAUGCAGCCCUGGGCCCAGACUGUGGUGGUCGGCAGAGCCAGGCUAGGAGGAAUACCUGUGGGAGUGGUUGCCGUAGAAACCCGAACAGUGGAACUGAGUAUCCCAGCUGAUCCUGCAAACCUGGAUUCUGAAGCCAAGAUAAUCCAGCAGGCUGGCCAGGUUUGGUUCCCAGACUCUGCGUUUAAGACCUAUCAGGCUAUCAAGGACUUCAACCGUGAAGGGCUGCCUCUGAUGGUCUUUGCCAACUGGAGAGGCUUCUCUGGUGGGAUGAAAGAUAUGUACGACCAAGUGCUGAAGUUUGGUGCUUACAUUGUGGAUAGCUUACGGGAGUGCUCCCAGCCAGUGCUGGUGUACAUUCCUCCUCAGGCUGAGCUCCGGGGGGGCUCCUGGGUUGUGAUCGACCCCACCAUCAACCCCCGGCACAUGGAGAUGUACGCUGACCGAGAGAGCAGGGGAUCAGUUCUGGAGCCAGAGGGGACAGUAGAAAUCAAAUUCCGCAGAAAGGAUCUGGUGAAAACCAUGCGUCGGGUGGACCCAGUCUACAUUCGCUUGGCUGAGCGAUUGGGCACCCCAGAGCUAAGCCCAGCUGAGCGGAAGGAACUGGAGAACAAGUUGAAGGAGCGGGAGGAAUUCCUAAUUCCCAUUUACCAUCAGGUAGCCGUGCAGUUUGCUGACUUGCACGACACACCAGGCCGGAUGCAGGAGAAGGGUGUUAUUAACGAUAUCCUGGACUGGAAAACAUCCCGUACUUUCUUCUACUGGCGGCUGAGGCGUCUCCUGCUGGAGGACCUGGUCAAAAAGAAAAUCCACAAUGCCAACCCAGAGCUGACCGAUGGCCAGAUCCAGGCCAUGUUACGGCGUUGGUUUGUAGAAGUGGAAGGAACUGUGAAGGCCUACAUUUGGGACAAUAACAAGGAUCUGGUGGAGUGGCUGGAGAAGCAACUGACCGAGGAAGAUGGCGUUCGCUCAGUAAUCGAGGAAAACAUCAAGUAUAUCAGCAGAGACUACGUCCUCAAGCAGAUCCGCAGCUUGGUACAGGCCAAUCCCGAGGUUGCCAUGGACUCCAUCGUUCAUAUGACUCAGCACAUCUCGCCCACGCAGCGAGCAGAAGUCGUGCGGAUCCUCUCCACGAUGGACUCCCCUUCAACGUAGAAAGGGCUUCCUGCCCAUCCCCACCCUGCCUCUGGAGAAAAGGGCUAGAGCUGCUUCUUAUAGCCAAAACCACUCUACUGAGAAGGCACAGGAGACCCAGCACUGGAAUCCAAGUGGCAUUUUGCUUCCCCUUGAACGUUUUCAGGUUAUGCAUGAUGUACCGGGAUAUAGGAUCACAAAGCCCCCAGCGGUCACACCUAUCCUGUUCAGUAUUUAUUACCUUGUCUGUGACUGCAGCCCUCUGUCCCUGCCAGGACCUGCAAAGGCAAUGAAGGGUACAAGACUGUACCAUGAGGCCUCACUACACAAAAGCAGGGCUGCUGCUCCUGGCCUGACAGCUCCCUGGCCCCAUGAGCCUGCGGCCGCCGGCAACAGACGAGGGCCGGGGCAAGGAGGAAGCCCCGAGGCCCUUUUUUUUUUUUUAACCUCCAUGUUCAGCCUGGUACGCACUCGGUACUGGAGAGGAAUAGUUCCCAAUUUAAUCACACCAAGGUACCUGUUUCUUCUUCAUGGAGUAUAAAAUCUGCAAGCUCCAUGGGAACUCAAAGAUGAGGGCAAAACCAUGAUCCAGGAAGCAGACCGAGUCACUGUUGUUGAUUUAGGGGCCUCGACUGUGGGUUUGAUUCCCUUAGAGCAAAUGGAAAGAUGGUUGACCUACCCUAUCUUGCAUGUCCCCGCUCACCCAGCUGUUGACCUGCUGGGAGUCACAUAGCGCAGUAGCCUGAGCUGGGGCCAAACAGGAGCCUGGGGGAAUGGCCCUUUCCAUCACUGAUGGGAAGUAGUUACUUCAUGCCACAGGGAGAGUGGGCCCGAUAGUUUCUCUUUUUUAGGACUUGGAAGGUUUUUACUUACUAUGAAGCCUGGAGCUUUGAUAGUUAUAAAAGGUCACUCGUGCCUACAGUCACUCCGCUCUAUUUCCAGGGCAACUCUCCUAGCAGCAGGUACAGCUGGUCUCCCCACAGCUGAAAGGAACUCUGCUGGCGUCUGUGCUCUCAGCACCAGGAGCCGGCCUUACCCGUGUGAGCAGGCUUCCCGGGAACACAGAAUCCACGUAACCUUAAGCUGAUCUACAACUCCGUCGUGGUGCUGCUGUCUUCCGGGCUCACCGGUCCCUCCCUGGCCAGCGGCAGGGGCCUCCUCACCAGUGGUGGAGUGAGUUUAUUUUCAACAAUCCGUUUACUCAAGGAGGAAAGAGUGUACAGAUUCCCCCGUUGGUGUUCCUAAAGAGAGAGUGGCAGGUGAUCAGGGCUGGUGGAGCGUCCGGUUCUUAUGGUGCAGCUAAUUGCAUUUGUCACUGAUGACCAAGGAGGAAAUAAGUCACUAAGACAUGUUAGUGCAGUGGUAUGAACACUUUUGUACAAGCUACAGUUUUGAGCCUUAACGCUAUAGUAUGCGCACAAGGAGGAGCCCCGCCUCCCUUCUCCGGGAACUGCUUGUGCACAUGGGCGCCGGAUACAUCACUGACUGCUCUCAGGAGCUCGGCGCCUCAGCCAGGCUACCCUGGUGCAAAGUGCAGGCGUUCAGCACCAUCAACGAGAGCAGGAAGGGGUGGGGAACAAUGUUCAGUCCAGAAAGAAGCAUCCAGUACUGCUGCUAUCAGCUUAAGUAAAAAUUGGAUUUGUCUUGGACCAGAUUAUUCUUUUCUGUAAUUAGUAAGAUUCCGUAUACCUGUAGGGGGUACAAACCCCUCUGCUUGCCCUGGCGUUUCUUCAGAGGCAGGGCGGGUCACACUUGUUUUACCUCCCCCUUCACCAGAUUAUGACACAUAAGUGACUACGGUUCCUCUCUAGAUGUCUGUAUGGCCUACUCCCGUCCCCAGAGCGCCUCCCUGCAGGUCUCCCCUGGACGGGGAUUUUUCAUACAGAGAAGCCAGGAAGAGCCGUAGAAGGUGAGCAACCUGCUACUCCCCAGGCUGUUACAUACUCGAGGUUACUGAGCUCGGAGGAGUAUCAGUGAUGUAUUGACAAGACUUGCCUGAGCUGAGAUGGGCGUAUUCACUUAGUUCACAAAGCAGCCUUCACUGGUCUCAUUGAGAAUUCGAGGGACACAUACCCUGAUGAGCAAGGAGCAUCAGUCAAAUGUAUUCUUUUCACAUUUUGUUGAAAUAAACCUCCACAUUUGUAGAAGAGUCACUGUUUGUCAUUUCAACCCGUGCCCAGCGACCUCUUUCAUGCUCCCCUGAGCAGGGGAGCUUUCGGCAGUGGUAGGGUGAGCCCCUGUUUGGCUGCUGAAGCUGAACCAUUAGAGGGACAGCCCAGCAUGCAUGCAUGGCUUCUGCAAAGUCACACCGUUCAGAGACUGUGGGGCUUUUCGGACAACACACACCCUUGAUGGCCUGGGCAGUUUCAGGGGUGUUCUUACAAGGAACCUCUUGGUUUGCAUGAUUUUGUGGAAUUUUCUGGGUCAAGUGAAGAGUGAACCAUUUUCAGAGCUCACCUCAAGCCAGUUUUAGGGAAAGGUUAUGGAUUCUCUGAAUAAUUUAGCUGCUUAAUGGAUUUUGAACCCUAACUAACUUUGGGCACAAAAAGGCACUAGGGGCAGGAAUCUCAUGCUUGUGUGCCCUAACCCUCUGCCUCAGUUUCUCUCUAUAAAUCCAUGUGGUUGAAGCAAAGAGCAAACACCAAUCCCUAAACAUUUGCAAAGAAAGGUGGAAGCCACAAGACGACAGUAGGGAAGGGAGACACUGACCUUUGCUGAUUGUUAAGCUUGGUAUGCUGUCUGGGAUGUUUAGCAAAGCAGAGGGUCAUUCUUCCUAAAUAAAAUGUUUUAUUUUAAAUAUA